AUGGCAAAAGAAACACCCAGUCUCAGCAGGUUCAUCCUCAUUCUCUUUACUUUGCUCCGCCGAUUCUCUGCUUGUCUCAAGCAGCUUCUGUUCACAGUGAACAUUAUCCAUGCCUCGGAUGAACAGAAGGCACAGGUCUCACUCGCAGAAAUCAAUGGCGGGUACCUCCCGAGGAUGAACUCGGUCUUUCGGCACUUGGAGCAGGGGCUGAGCAGGAAUCCGAGCGGUUGGGCGGUAAUCUGCUUGCACCAACAGGCAGAUCAUCUGUCUGACGUUCUGCAACCUCCAAGAUGCCACAAAUGUCUCACAAGUGGUAAUUUGGCAGACAGUGACGUGUCUGCCCCCAUUGACUGCUUGGCCAUCACGUAUGAGCAGCUUGACGGAACGGCGCAAAAGCUGGCAGCCGGCCUGCUUUCAGCAAAUGCUCGGCCAGGAUCAUCUACGUUAUUGAUGCUCAUCCCGAACGGGGUCGAGUAUGCGCUUCUGACGUGGUGCUGCGUCCUGCUGAAAAUCACCUAUGUAUGCGUCGACCCCGACAUUGUCAGCGUGUCCGGAUAUCGCGGGUUGAGAGACAUUAUGAGGAGCGUCAGGCCGUCAAUCGUGGUGACCGCGGGGCUCACGCAAGCAGCAGUGCUGGAUAUCGCGAUUGACGAUCUGAAUCUCGCACCACCCAUCCGGGUCUCAUUAGGCGGUAAACCGUCUAAGGGCUGGCGAUCGUUCAGAGACAUGAUCAUCCGCGGUGCCUCGCAUGGAAGUGAGAUUGACACGUCCAAACUUCGCGAAGCAGGGGCACAUGACGAUCUUAACCGCAUCAACUCCAUCAUCUUCACUUCGGGCACGUCGGGGAUUCCCAAGGGUUGUCCCCUGCGUGUAGCGAGCAUGUGUCAGAUCCUGGAAUCUCAGUCCUGGCUCGUCAACGAAUCCAACUCGGCUCGAGCACUGCAAGCGGCGCACAACUCCCGGGGCAUCGCAGCGUUUCAGACAUUGCAGACGUGGAGAGCAGGUGGUGCGGUCGUCAUGCUCUCCAAGAGCUGCGACAUCCAAGAGAUGACGCAAGCGCUGAGAAACCACGCACCGACAUUCAUCGCAGUGUCUCCGUCCAUGGCGUCGGCGAUUCGAGAAGAGAUGACGAUGGAUCCGUUCAUCGCGGACUCGGUCAAGACCGUCCAGGUCGGAGGCGAAGCCGUAACCAUCGGCGCCAUGGAAGAAUGUUCGGCCUUGUUCCCGUCCGCAAAGGUCUGUGUCAACCACGGCAUGACUGAAGGGGGCGGCUCGUUCUACUGGCCCUUCUUCGAUACUCCGCUGGACCAGAUUUCACGGUUCGGAGAAUUGUGCCCCAUUGGCGCCGUGGCCCCUGGCUCGGCCGUGCGGAUCUGGAGCACGUCAGUACAGCGUGUCGCCCAGAGAGGCGAGGUCGGCGAGCUACACAUCCGUGGUGGCAGUCUGCUGCGUCAAUAUAUGGGCGGCAGAUCGCCAGGCUCGUUCCGCGACGAUGAUUGUGGUCAUUGGUUAGUGACAGGCGACACAGCCAUGAUUGAUCGAGAAGGUCUGGUAUUCAUUCUUGGCCGUUCAAAAGACAUGAUUGUUGGCACCGCCGGGAUCAUCGUCCCUGUGGCUAUCGAGACUGUCAUUCAGAAAUAUCUAGGCGGGGCGCAGGCAGCCGUGCUUUCGAUCCAACAUCCUACACGAGGACAAGUGCCUGUGGCCAUCAUCAAAGAGUACGCUCGUCGCACGGGCCCCGAGAUCAUGUCGCAUGUGACGACUAUCCUCGGCCAGACAUAUCUCUUAGCUGGAGUCGUGUCUCUCAAGCAGCUUGGAUUGACGGACUUCCCAAGAAACGGCAGUGGAAAGGUGUCCAAACCCGACUUGGAAGCGGCUUUGCAGAAACGGUUCGGAUCGAACGUGCCAAAAGUUGCUUGA